AUGUUUCAGAAAACGUUAAUAUGCAUCGGUAAUGGUUAUAUCACAUCUUUUUGGCAUUCUUGUUGGAAAGAGGAGAGGAGUCUCAAGGAGCUAUUUCCGUUGACUUUUUCUUCUUCAAAGUUAAAAAACGCUUCCGUGGCUAGUAUGGGAGGUUGGAGGGAUGAUGUGUGGGAGUGGGGGGACCUCGGUAUUCCGUUUUCUAUGGAGACCGAGGCUGCUGAAACUGACAGGCAGCAGCUCUGUUUCAAGCUGGGCAGCGUCUGUUUGAGGCCGGAAGCGAGGGAUCGUGUGCGGUGGCUCGCAGAACCGGACGAUAGAUUACCCACUAGAGAUCUCUUGCUAGCUAGAGGUAUUAUUUCUCCCUCUUUUGAUUCUUGUUGUUUGUGUGGUUUGAAGAGGGAAUCCAUGAAUCACUUGUUGUUUAAAUGUACGGUGUCUUCGGUGAUUUGGAACAAAAUAGCUUCUUGGAUAGGUUUAGUAGAUUACAAGUUUAAAGAUAUUGGGAAUUGUUUUUUGGUUUGGCAUAAUUUUUGCAAAAAGCAAAAGGUUAGAGCCGGUACGGAAGGAUCGUUGUGGUUAUCGGUAUGUUGGUCUAUUUGGAAACUUAGGAAUGAGAUCAUCCUCCGUAAUGAUGGUUGGAGUGUUUCCGACAUUGUUUGGAGUGUUAAGGAGCUUUGGUGGAGAUGGUCCUUCAUCGGAAAAAUUACUCGCACCAAUUAUAAUUUCUUUGAGUUCACAAAUGACCCUUUUUUGUAUUACUCUUAG